GCAACUCCUAUACCCCGAUACGUACCAUACAGCUGUUGCUUAACACAAACACCGGGAGCGGUAUAGACAAUCUUACUGCGCAGUGCGCAUGCGUAACACUUUAAAAUAAUUUGUCCAACUGCCAUCGCUGACUGCUGCCCAGUCCCGCCGGUAAUUGUAAUAUUUUAUAUACUAAUUGUCUAAUGUGAAAUGUCUAUGACUAUCGCUGUGUCUGCCUGCUAGUGAAUAGUGAUUAAUUAUUACUUUUUGUCAGUUAACUGUGUAUGUUCUCAGCAAAAACCGUUUAACACUUUUUAUUAAGUAGUUUAUUCGUCCGCUUGUGUGUUUAUAUUUGUACGUUUUACUUAUUUAACAUGUCAACAUCAGAAGCUCAGCGUUAUAAAAAUAUUUCGAGGUGUGUCAUUGUUGGCUGUAAAUCCAAAGGUAUAGUAUGCCAUCGUUUUCCAAAUCCAAACAGAUACAUGGAAAGACUUCUGAAAUGGAUUGAUAUUGUUGGUUUGGAUAAAAGUGAUCACUUAUCUAUUUACCAAAAAAAGGUAAUUUGUGGUAAUCAUUUUGAGGAUAGAUUUUCGAGUCCGGGCACAAAACGCCUCAAUGCUAAUGCCUAUCCAACAUUGAAUCUACCAGGUCAACAGUUAUUACCGGCACCAGCAAAUGUUAGUACAUCAAAUGCCAAAAUUAACAAAGUUGCUGAUAUUAAUAUAUCUGGCUCUGAAGUUCAAAAUUUAGAGAUGAGCUUAACGACUGAUAAAACUGAGCACAUGUAUUCAAUUCCUGCUGUGAUGCAAGUUAAUGAUCUAAAUGUAUCUGGCUGUGAACUUUUAGAAAAUGAAUUUGGAAACACACCUUCCAAUUGCAACAAUUUGAUUGUUGCUCCAUCGGUGCUGCGUUUAAUGAAUGAUGAUGAUGUAGUAUCAAUGCAUGUUGGCAAUAGUAAUGCUGUUAGUAGUUCAUUAAAAGCUAGGGCGAUCAAAAAGACAAAUAAUGAUAUAGAUAAAUCUGUGCAUAAUAUUGAAUCAAUUUCCAUUGGUGUUACAACUUCUAAUGAAUCAACUUCAAGAGAUUCAGAAGAAAAACGUCAUUAUCAACCAUAA